GAAAUAGAACGAUUAAAAAAUGAACCACUACCUCUUGGUAUAAAUAUAAUAACAAGCGAAGAAGAUAUUUAUCAUCUUAACGCUACUAUAGCUGGUCCAAUUCAGUCACCUUAUGAAGGUGGUGUUUUCAAAUUAGAUGUUUUGCUUACUGAACAAUAUCCUAUGGCUCCGCCUAUGAUUCGUUUUUUAACUAAAGUUUAUCAUCCAAAUAUUGAUAAAUUUGGAACAAUCUGUUUGAAUAUACUUGAUGUUAGUUGGUCUCCAGCUUUGCGCUUGCGUACAACAAUUCUCUCCAUACAAGCAUUAUUAUCAUAUCCAAAUCCGUAUGACCCAAUUGAAGAAGAUAUUGGAAAGCUUUGGAUAGAAAAUGAAGAAGAAGCAAUCGCAAUAGCUCGAGAUUGGACUUGGGAAUAUGCUCGAGAAAAUAAUGAAAACCAUAUUUUAACCACUACAGAAAAUUAUAUGCAAAAAAAAUUUUUAAGUUCAGAGGAACAGCUUUGUCAAUUAAAAUCGUUCAAAAAAGUAUUUAAUGAAAUGGAUGAAAUGAACACGUAA